AUGGGAAGAGGAAGAGUGGAACUGAAGAGAAUUGAGAACAAGAUCAACAGACAAGUUACCUUUGCAAAACGAAGAAAUGGUCUUUUGAAAAAAGCUUAUGAGCUUUCUGUUCUUUGUGAUGCUGAGGUUGCUCUUAUUGUCUUCUCCAAUAGAGGAAAACUCUAUGAGUUUUGCAGCACUUCAAGCAUGCUGAAAACGCUAGAAAGGUAUCAGAAAUGCAACUAUGGAGCACCUGAGGGUAAUGUGACAUCAAAGGAGGCUUUGGUAUUGGAAUUAAGCAGUCAACAAGAAUAUUUGAAGCUGAAGGCACGUUAUGAAUCUCUACAACGCUCUCAGAGGAACCUUAUGGGAGAAGACCUUGGCCCUCUAAGCAGCAAAGAUCUUGAAACUCUUGAAAGGCAGCUAGAUUCUUCCUUGAAGCAAAUCAGAUCCACAAGGACUCAAUUCAUGCUAGAUCAGCUCGGAGAUCUUCAACGUAAGGAACAUUUGCUAUGUGAGGCAAACAGAGCUCUCAGACAAAGGAUGGAAGGGUAUCAAAUAAAUUCACUCCAACUGAAUCUGAGUGCUGAAGAUAUGGGAUAUGGACGUCAUCAUCAAGGUCAUACACAGGGUGAUGAACUAUUUCAAGUUCAACAAAUUGAGUGUGAACCAACUUUACAAAUUGGAUAUCAUCAGGGUGAUCCAGGAUCAGUGGUGACAGCAGGGCCAAGCAUGAAUAACUAUAUGGGUGGAUGGUUACCAUGA